CUGUCCAUUGCAUCUUCACCUUUUUAUUUUAUUUUUUUCAGUGCAAAAGUAUGAUAUCUCUUCCUCAGCCUGUAUACCUCAGCCUACGUGAGAAUGACAGUCAACAUGUCGAAAGAAUACCUAUAGACGAGGAAAAUUAUGUUAAUUUUGUCCAACAGUUUGUGAAGAAUGUUCGUAGUUUUAGUUCACAGUAUGGUGGUAAUUCCAGCAUAUCUUAUGCUGCUACUAACAUAAUUGGGCCAUUCAGUCAAUUUCCGAAUUAUGGAGAUUUUGCACAAACAUUUGCCAUGAGAACUUACGGACCAUGGUGGGACAAAGCACCUUCGAGAUCAAUUGAUUAUAUGCCACAGAACAAUACAGAUGUUGUGAGCCAAGAUUAUAUUGAUAUUGAGUACCAUGAAGCUGUAUAUCCAGUAAGAGUUUCCAUAUAUGAAGUAUAUAAUCCUGGAAGCGUAAUUCGAAUUUGGGCUCAAGAUUCUUCAGAUCAAUGGUUUCUACUUUGGAACGGACCACCUCAGAUUGUUCCUCCGACAUCACGAAUAUUUUCUCCGCCUUUACGAUCGUGUGACUUUAAAACCAAAAUACUCAGAUUAGAGUUUAAUCAUAAUUUAUUGGACUAUUACACAGAGAUAGAUGCUGUGAUGCUUAUUGGAACAUCAGAAUUGAUAUUUCCUAAAGAUUCAUCUUAUAAUCAGAGUUUAACUAAUCUGUUAAAAAGCAUUAACUGCAAGUAUCCUUGUCGUGAUGACAUCCAUAAUUUAACACCUGAUUAUCAAAAUGCACAUAUGGAUAUAAUCCACCUUAAGCAGACAUUGACUGAACAUUGCAUUAUGUACAAAAGCGAUGUAGUAGAGAACGUUAGCAAACUAGCAUUGCAGCUAGGAACUCUUCAUUAUUAUAUACCACCUCUUACAAAAGGAUCUAAUAGUAUGCAACGUUUUUUAUCAGAGGAACUUUCGAAGUUCUUGAAUAUGAAAAAUGUCAAACAUUCUUCAGAUGAAUCCAAGAAGCUAUCACGUUAUAAUUUGUCUACGCUUCCUGAUGAAAUAAUAAUGAGGAUAUUAAGAAACUUAGAUUUAAAAUCAUUAUGCUGCGUAAGCAGAGUAAAUAAACAUUUCAAUAAUUUAGCACAAGACCAUCUACUUUAUACAAGCUUAAACUUAAAACCGUAUUGGUAUAUUAUUAAUACAAAGGCAUUGAAUUACCUAGCACCUAGAUGUAAAUAUUUAAGACGGUUGGAUCUUUCAUGGUGUAAUAACUUUUUUGUCUUUGAUCUUGACAAAUUUCUUGACACUUGUGGUAAUCUCUUAACGCACUUACGAUUAAAUUGCUGUUCACAAAUCGACAACAAAGCCAUAUAUCAAAUUUCGAAAAUAUGCAAAAAUUUGAAAGAAUUAGGUCUACGUAAUUGUGAUUUAAUAAGGGACAGCGGAUUCUCAUACCUUGAAAAUCUAGAAUUCCUGGAGCAUUUGGAUCUUUACAGAACACAUAUAACAACUCAAACUCUUUGUAAAAUACUGCGAAGAAACGUACGGAUGCGUCACUUACAAAUAGGAGGCACAGACAGAAGUCUGAAUGUAGAUGAAGUUGCAAUGGAAUUGAGAGACUUCUGUCCUGAUUUGGAAAGUAUAGAUUUAUGGAAGACGCACACUCUUACGUCACAAGGUAUUGAAGCUCUUGCUGACUGCAGAAAUCUACGAGAAGUGGAUUUUGGUUGGUGUGGCAGUACGACUGGUCAUGGUGAUAGUUUCCUUAAAUUGUUUUCCUCAUGUCAACACCUGGAAAAAGUCUUUCUGAUCUCUGUUAGAGGUCUUACUGAACGUGAUCUAAGAGCAUUGACAUCAUGUAAAAAUUUAAAACAGUUAGAUUUAUUAGGUACGUUAUCCUUAACACCUGAGAUAUGUCACGCAAUUUUCGUGAAUUGUCCUAAAUUGGAAAUGAUCGAUCUCAGCUUUUGUGACAAUAUUUCUGAUUGUUCGAUUCAGUGGUGGCAGCAAAAAUACACACAUAUAGCCAUUAAAAGUGUAAAAUACGGCGAACGAUGA